AUGUUAACACAGCAAACCAACCAGACCUCUACUAGUAACCGAGGUCAUCGAGGGUCUGGUACAACUUCUCAGAAAAAAGAAGAACGUCAACAUUCAGGAAAGCAGAAUAAUAUGCAACAAGAUGCACCACGUUCUUCACGGGAAGGAAAUACACUGCUGGUCGGUCCAAAUUUCCGUGUUGGAAAGAAAAUUGGUUGUGGAAACUUUGGGGAACUUCGUCUUGGCCGUAAUUUGUAUACCAAUGAAUAUGUUGCCAUUAAACUUGAACCAAUGAAAACUCGUGCUCCUCAAUUGCAUUUAGAGUAUCGAUUUUAUCGUAUACUUCUAAGUGGUGGUGUUGUUGGAUUUCCAAUGGUUUAUUAUUUUGGACCAGUAGGCCGACAUAAUGCGCUUGUAAUGGAAUUGCUUGGUCCAUCUUUAGAAGAUCUAUUUGAAUCAUGUAAACGUCAGUUCUCUUUGAAAACUGUACUAAUGAUUGCAAUCCAGCUGCUUCGACGUAUUGAAUAUGUACAUUCAAAGCAUUUAAUUUAUCGUGAUGUUAAACCAGAAAAUUUUCUUAUUGGACGUCAAUAUUAUAAUAGACAUCGUACUAUUUAUAUAAUUGAUUUUGGUUUAGCUAAAGAAUAUAUUGAUCCAGAAACUCAAAAACACAUUCCUUAUCGUGAACAUAAAAGUCUUACUGGUACUGCCCGAUAUAUGAGUAUUAAUACACAUUUAGGCAAAGAACAAUCUCGGCGUGAUGAUUUAGAGGCCUUAGGUCAUAUGUUUUUAUAUUUUCUACGUGGUAGUUUACCUUGGCAAGGUUUAAAAGCUGAAAAUCUACGUGAACGUUAUCAAAAAAUUGGUGAUACAAAACGUGCAACUCCUAUUGAUGUCUUAUGUCAUGGUUACCCUGAAAUGGCUACCUAUUUACGAUAUGUUCGAAGUUUAGAUUUUUUCGAAGAGCCCAACUAUGAGUAUUUACGUUGGGGAUUUACGGAUUUAAUGCAAAGAAAAGGUUGGGAAUGUGAUUGGGAAUUCGAUUGGUGCAGUCGACCGUUACCUGGAUCUAAACCUCCAGGAUCUACACAUACAUCUGGAGGACAGGCAGUAAAUCCACCUUUAACCAACGUUCCUACUGGGAAUGCUAGUUGUAUGAAUAAUGGUGUACAAAACACAUCUGGACUCACUUCUCCUACUCAUCAUCCAGUGAAUGGUAAUCAACAAAGUCCUGGUGUUAACGGUGGGCAUCACGCAAUGGGAUUAACCGGAACACCUUUAUUAGAUCCUGGCACAUCUCAUUGGCCACCUGCUGUACAAUCAAAUAAUGUACCUAGUUAUAUCAAUGAAGAUGGCGGUACAUCACCAAAUGAAAUGAGAUAUAAAGUUGAUGAAUAUUUACCUUCCUAUUUUGGUCAGCAACCAACAAAUCAAACUAUUAUGCAUGCCGGUCUUCUUGGUGCUAAUAAAAUUGGUUCACCUAAUGACGGCAUUGUAGAUGAUGUUGGACCUACUGGUGUCGGAGGCGUUGGUGCUGGUGUUGCUAUGCCCACUUCAAACUCUAGUGGUUUACCGUAUGGUCCCGGCGGUGCUGUAUCCGGUACAAAUGCUGGCGGUACACAUAUUCGGAAUGUAACUGGUUUAUAUAGUGGUGGUGGUCCAGAAGAAAGUAUGGCUCGAGAAAUUGAUGAUAAUUUAGGUAUGGGAGUUGGCAUGGCGACAACAGAAUCAUCACCUGAAAAUGCAGUUGGCGUUGAACAAGAUGAUAUACAAAGCCAAUCAGGUUGUUGUGGCUGCUUUGGUCAACGAUCGAAAGAUCGACGUCUUCGAUCUCAGUUUAUCUAG